GCUCCAAAGAUGAGAAAGAAGAGGCUUCAGUGAUGGCCUAUCAAUGUGCUUCUGGAAAGGAGUGUCUGUGGUGGGUUGAGAAGUAUCUGAAGGACUGUGUGUGUGGAGUGAAAGAUUAUGUUUCUGUUGGUUUGGGGCUUAUUGGGUUGUUGAGCUGGGCAGUUGCAGAAGUGCCUCAGAUUCUUACCAACUUUAAGAAUGGAUCCACAGAGGGUGUUUCCCUUGGCUUUAUCAUGACAUGGGUUGUGGGGAACUCGUUCAAUCUUAUUGGGUGCUGGCUGGAGCCAGCAACUCUACCCACACAGCUCUAUACGGCCGUGCUGUAUACAACUAUGACCUUGAUUCUAGCCUGCCAAAUCAUAUAUUAUGAUCAUUUCAGCAAGUGGUGGAAAAUGAAGAAAGGGACAAUUCAAUACCAGAUUCAAGCAAAGGAAGUGUUGAAAUAUGAGCAAACUAAUAACAAAAAGGCAGAGUAUGUGAAUGUGCCACAGAGCACAAACAAUUUAUUAGAAACUUCCAAGACAAACACACCCAUAUCAAGUUUACCUAUAUCUACAGCCUCUUCUCAGCAGAUGGCUAACACAGGGAGGGAGCUAUUUUACACGUCUGCAAGAUCUCUAUCAAGCAGUCACACUCCUACUCCUGGUUCAUAUCUGCUACGCUCCCGUGGAUCUGUUAGAAGUGGUCAAGGCUACAUGUCAAAUCAGUCAUCAGUAGAGGAGGGACUACUCAGUAAUCUUGUAUCUCCAAGUUCCAGAAAGUCCAACACCAUACUUCGCUCUGUGGCUUCAACAAUAUUGUUUGUUGGUGGGAUAAACUAUUUGCAGUUACCCACUUACAACAACAUAACUUCAUUCUCUUACUCUUCACUGUCAGAAAAUAGAUCUGCUAUCCUAAUAAUAGGAAGGAAACUUUUGCAGGGAACGGAAGGCAGUCCAUUUGGGCUGCAAGAGAACUCAUCAAGCCCAUUAGGAACUUGGUUGGGAUGGCUUAUGGCUGCUAUCUAUAUGGGUGCAAGAUUUCCACAAAUCAGUUUAAAUAUAAGGAGAGGGACAGUGCAGGGGCUGAAUCCACUGAUGUUCAUAUUUGCUCUAAUAGGGAAUACAACCUAUGUGGGAAGUAUACUUGUAAGGACUCUAGAUUGGAAACUACUAAAGCCAAAUAUGCCAUGGCUUGUGGAUGCUGCAGUAUGUGUACUAUUGGACUUCUUUAUUAUGGCCCAGUUCGCUUUUUACAAGCUGAAAUCAAUCAAAAAUUACGAAGACGGAGAUCUACUACCUUAAGUAUUUUCAGGCCAUUCUCAUUGCAUUGGAUAGUGACAAUUGUGUAUGGUUUAAAAGAAUGAGGUGUUUGUUGGACACAAGGCAUCUCCAAACAGUGAAGGCCCACCCUAGCGCACUCCAAGUUCGAUUAGCCAUUCCUCACAACUCUAAUGUUUAUAUGUGUUCCAUAAUGGGGAUAUGUACGUACCCAGACAAACAGUUGGAAGGACUUAUGAUAAUUCAUCCGUUUCAAUUGGACGUGGCCUAUUUAUUGGCAACUCCCAAGUGGAGGAUGGAUGUAUCUAGAAGAUAUGUAACCUUUUAUUGUUGUACUAUCUUUGAAUAAAAGACUAAAAAUGAGUUUUAAACUUC